AUGUCGGCCGAUACGGAUAUCCCUGACCCUUCGAACUGCAACACCAAUGGCGGCUUCCUGGCACUGCUCAGUUGCGGCACUGGUUCUGGUACUGACAGCGAGGGCGAGACACUGGGCACGCUGCUUGCCGCCAUUGCCACCGCCUUCGCUUCUUUCGGCGCACAAACACUCCUGUUUAUGCUCCUGCGGAUGAAGCUCUCGCGCAUUUACCGCCCUCGAAGCUAUCUUGUCCCGGAGAAGGAACGUGUAGCGGCGCCACCACAGGGCAUUGUAGGUUGGAUCAAGCCGCUGUUCACAACCACCAACCUUGCCUUCAUCCAGAAAUGCGGGCUGGACGCGUAUUUCUUCCUUCGCUACCUCCGCAUGCUCCUCAAGAUCUUCUUGCCAGUAGCUUUGGUGGUACUGCCAAUUCUGCUUCCGAUCAAUCGCUACUCUGGCACGAACAAGUCUCUGGACAGGCUGUCAAUAUCCAACGUUGGACCUAGUGAGCUGCGUGGCUACAUUCGUGUCCGUCAAGCCUUCCUCACCAGCCCCCAGCACCGACUGAGAGCAUCGGCAACGACUGUCCUGGUCACUGGUAUCCCUCGCAAGUGGCUGACUGUUGAAGCCCUGAACGGCCUCUACGACGUGUUUCCCGGCGGCAUCCGGAAUAUCUGGAUCAAUCGAAACUUCGACGCUCUCGCUGACAAGGUUAAGUACCGCAACAAACUAGCUAAGAGCUUGGAGGAUGCGGAGACGAAACUGGUCAAGAACUGUCGCGCGAAGCACGACAAGACAGAAGAGAAGAGGAGGAAAGCGGAGGGCAAGGCUAGGAAAUCCAAGAAGGAGAGGCAAGCAGAUGAGAAGGCAGACGAUGCAGAGGCAGACAACAUGGCACAAGGCGUAGGACUGAGCGCCGGUGAUCAGCACAGUACACCUCACGGGCUGCAAGAAGCUUUACACGAGGCGGAAGAAGCAGAGGAGCGACGAGAAGCGCACGACCAUGUUAAGCACAAGCCAGCGAACCCUCUGGGACUCAUAGGGGACGGCUUCGGUACUAUCGGGCAGGGCUUUGCCAACAUUGGGAAAGGGGUCGGAAAUUUUGGUCGGAAUCUCGUUGGCGAUGUCGACAACGGUUUCCACAGAGCAGCCGAAGGUGUGGAUCAGAGAGUCGAUAACGUCGCAAACCUUGGGUCUGGAUUUGUUAUGGAUGACGACCUUUACCGGAAUUCACACUACAGCCAUGGCAGUGUGCCACCUACGCCACCUCCAAAGUCACCGAUGCCACGGCAGACAACCUCAUUUAGCAGACAGGUUGACGGCGCAGGUGGUGGGUUAUCCCGCGAGCAGCAAGGCCCACCUGCUCAAUCGCACCCACUUGCAACGAUUGUACGUGUUCCAAACGGUCAGCCUGAUGCCAGCCCUUCCAGCGAUGGAGCUCAAGGAACACCUGGCAUUCGUAUGGCAGGCCCCUCCAUCGAAUCGAAGCCAAGAUCACAGAUGCAGAUUGUGGAACCAGCAGAACAUCAAGUCCAGCACAGCAAAUGGAAGGUCUGGAAGAACAGCGACCGUAGUCUUGCGCUGCCGUCUCCUCAGCCCCACACCGCUGAUGAGGAUGAAUAUUCUUGGGAGACCAAAGACACCGCCGCUGCCAAUGCAUCGGAUAAGGCUGGACCCAAACUCAGUGGGAGCAAGUUCUUUGAGCAGAUCGCUUUUUGGAAGCACAAAAAGCCGAGCGACGAUGAGAUCAAGGACGAAUACCCCGAGGCAAUCAUCAAGGAGUGGGACGAAGACCAAGACGGUGAGCCGUACUGGCGUCGGUAUCUCGAGCCCAAGGAGCGCGAGAGCAUGCGAGUGCCAGUCUUCUCGCCAACGUGGUGUCCCAGUUUGCCUCUGAUGGGACAGAAAGUCGACAAGAUCUAUUAUCUCCGGCGGGAACUGGCACGAAUGAAUCUCGAGAUCGAGAUAGACCAGAACGACGUCGAGAAGUUUCCAUUCAUGAACUCGGCCUUCAUUCAGUUCAACCACCAAGUCGCGGCUCACAUGGCCUGUCAGUCGCUCUCACAUCACGUACCCCAGCACAUGGCGCCUCGCCUCGUUGAGAUCAGCCCUGAUGAUAUCCUCUGGGACAAUAUGUCCAUCAAAUGGUGGGAACGAUACCUCCGUACCGGAGUGGUCCUCCUCAUCUCCGCCGGAUUGAUCGUCCUUUAUGCCAUUCCUGUCACCUUCAGCAGUUUGUUGAGCAAAAUCUCCACACUGCAGCAAUUCGAUGGAUUUACGUGGCUGGCGGAGAUCCCUGACACUAUUAUCAGUAUUAUUCAGGGUGUCUUGCCGCCGCUGAUCCUCGCAAUCAUUCUGGCAUUGGUUCCCGUCAUCUUCCGAGCGCUUGUCAAGCAGCAAGGCGUGGCUACAGGCAACGGUCAGGAGCUGGGCGUGCAGCAAUGGUACUUUGCUUUCCUGUUCAUCCAGGUGUUCCUGGUUGUGUCGAUUACGGGCGGGCUCACGAACCUCGUCUCGGCGCUCGCGAACAACCCGAACAGCAUUCUUAACACCCUGGGAAACUCCCUACCACGGGCAAGCAACUACUUCUUCUCGUACCUUACCAUCCAGGCACUGUCCAACUCGGCGUCGGCACUCUUGCAAGUUGGCGCACUGCUUGGCUGGUUCAUCAUCGCUCCCCUGCUUGACAGCACCGCGAGAGCGAAAUGGCGACGACAGACCACGCUGCCGUAUGUGCAAUGGGGCUCUUUCUUCCCGCCAUUCACCAACUUCGCAGUCAUCGGCAUCAUCUACUCGAUCCUGGCACCGCUUAUUCUGGUCUUCAUGCUUAUCAUCUUCUCCCUCUUCUGGCUCGUCUACCGGUACAACGUACUCUACGUUUAUCAGUUCCGCAACGACACGGGCGGAUUGCUCUUUCCCACGGCGGUCAAUCAGCUUUUCACUGGCCUAUACAUGAUGGAGCUGUGCCUGAUCGGCUUCUUCUUCAUCCAGCGCGACGAGAACGACAAUGUCGUGUGUUACCCUCAGGGCAUCAUUAUGGUCGUCGCAGGAAUUUUCACCAUUGCGUUCCAGUUGCUUCUGAACUCUGCGUUCAAGCCGCUCUUCCAGUAUCUGCCUAUCACGCUCGAGGACGAAGCGGUCAUACGAGACGAGGAGUUUGCCCGUGCACAAGCGAGCAAGUUUGCCCCCCUCAUGCAGGAGCGCGAGCCUGAGGAUGAUAGGGACAUCCAGGAUGUGCUCGAAGAGCGGGAGCAGAAGGAGGAAGACGCCGAAGCUCGCGCUGAAGACCAGGAAAUGAAGGACAUCGCGGAACAUAGGAGGAGCCAACGAGAGAGCAGUCUUCACGGCACAGCGACGACGCGGAGAACGAAUAACAGCCAUCCUCCGUCUUGGCACCUUGAUCAUGGUCAGAGCCCGAAGCAGACGUGGAAGACGGACCGAUGGCGAGCAGCGGCGCCACAAGCCGUUACUCGCCUUCGCCAUCUCGCGAAUUCAGAGAACAAGGAGAAGCCGGCCGCUAAUGGCAGGAAGGUAGAUCCACAAACCGCCAAAACUCAAGACGUCGAAGCCCAGCGCUCUAUCGGCGACGUCCUCUUCUCUGGCUUCGCGGAUGAGAUAGAGGAUCUGACACCCGACGAGCGUGACCUGCUCGUUCGCUACGCCUUCCAGCACUCCGCGCUGCGGGCCAAGCGACCUGUCGUCUGGAUACCACGCGACAAGCUGGGCGUCAGCGACGACGAGAUCAAGCGUGCAAAGAAGAUGAGUACUGUCACUAUCACUGACGGUGAGAAGGGUGGUGCGGUGGAGAAGACGAAUAUCUGGAUCAGCAAUGAGGGUGUUGCGUUGAACGGGAAGGGCAAGGUGGUGUUUAGACGCAGUCCACCGGACUUCAGCAAUGUGGACUUGAUCGUGCUUUGA